CCCGCGGCGAGCACACGUCUCGCGCCCUCCACACGAUACGUCACCCCACGCGACAGUUGGCGCGGCGCGCGAGUGGGCUCCGAGCCAGUGCUGGUGCAGACAGUGCAGUGCAGUGUGGUUGCUGGCGACCAGGCGCGGCAUGCGGGCGCGCUCCCGGCGCCGGCGCCCUGCGCCUCGCUGACCCCAUGCGCCCGCGCGCCGAGCGGCACGCGCCGCUGCUGCUCGCCCUCGCCCUCGCCUGCCUGCUGCAACGCGCGGCGGGGGCGGGCGUGUUCGAGCUGCAGAUCCUCGAGUUCUCCAACUACCGGCUACAGCUGGCGUCAGGCGCCUGCUGCGGCGGCGGCGCGGCGGCGGGCGGCGCGGGCGCGAGCGGCGCGGGGGCGGGCGGCGCGGGGGGCGCCGGCGGCGUGUGCGCGCGCGCCUGCCGCACGCGCUUCGCGCUGUGCCUCAAGGAGUACCAGUCGGCGGCGGCUCCGGGCGCGUGCUCGUUCGGCCGCGCCGCUUCACCCGUGCUGGGCACCGACUCCUUCACGCUGGCCGACCCGCUCUACACGCUCGCGCUUCCCUUCUCCUUCCGCUGGACGCGCUCUUUCACACUGAUCCUGCAAGCCUACGACGACUACAACUACACUGAUCCCGACGAGACGGGGCUGAUCGAGGAGGCGUGGUGGUCGGGCAUCGUGGAGCCGGGCGCGGAGUGGCACGCGCUGCGGCACGCGGGCGCCGCCGCCGCGCUCGCCUAUCGCGUGCGCGUGCUGUGCCAGCCCAACUACUACAACACCACCUGCACCACCUUCUGCCGCGCUCGCGACGACAAGUUCGGCCACUACGCGUGCUCGCCCGCCGGCGACAAGCGCUGUCUGCCCGGCUGGCAGGGCGACAACUGUGAGAAACCGGUGUGCAAGGACGGUUGCCAUCCGCAACAUGGGCGCUGCGACAAACCCGGCGAAUGCCUGUGCCGGCCGGGCUGGCGAGGCGAGCUGUGUGCGCAGUGCCAGCCCUACCCGGGCUGCAAGCACGGCUACUGCAACGGCUCCUCGUGGGACUGCACCUGCGACACCAACUGGGGCGGCAUCCUCUGCGAUCAAGACUUGAACUACUGCGGGACCCACGAGCCGUGCCAGAACGGCGGCACGUGCGAGAACACGGCGCCGGACCAGUACCUGUGCACGUGCGCGGAGGGCUUCUCGGGCGCGGACUGCGAGCGCGUGGACAACCCGUGCGCGCCUGCGCCGUGCGCGCACGGCGCCUGCGCGCUGGCCGCCGCGCCCGCCGCGCCCGGCGCGCCCGCCGGCUUCAGCUGCGCGUGCGAGCGCGGCUGGGGCGGCGCGCUGUGCGACGUCGACGUGGACGACUGCGCCUCGGCGCCCUGCCGCAACGGCGCGCUGUGCCGCGACCGCCUCGACGCGUUCCACUGCGAGUGUGCGCCCGGCUGGAAGGGGCCGACCUGCGCCGAAGACGUGGACGAAUGCACCGAGAUGACGGGCGGGCCGGAGGGCUCGCUGGGCCCGUGCGUGAACGCGGCGGCGUGCAACAACACGGGCGGCGGCUACGCGUGCGCUUGCCUGGCGGGCUGGACGGGCCGCGACUGCGACCAGAACGUGGACGACUGCACGGGCCAGUGCCUCAACGGCGCCACGUGCAUCGACCUCGUGGACGACUUCCACUGCGCGUGCGCGGCGGGCUACGCGGGCCGCACGUGCGCGCGCGACGUGGACGACUGCGCCUCGCGCCCGUGCCGCCACGGCGGCGAGUGCGUCGACCUGCUGGACGCCUACCGCUGCAUCUGCCCCGUCGGCUUCUCGGGCACGGACUGCGAGGACGACCGCGACCACUGCGCGGGGUCACCGUGCGCGAACGGCGCGCCGUGCUACACCGCGCAGAGCGACUACUACUGCCACUGCGCGCCGGGCUGGGCCGGCAAGAACUGCACGCAGCGAGCGGCAAGAGAACAAAUAGACGAAUGCGUCCCGAACCCUUGCCAUAACAACGGGACCUGCACGAGCGGCCCCGCCGGUUUCACCUGCGCGUGCCGCGACGGUUGGGCCGGCGAGACGUGCUCUGCGGUGGACGAGCCGCACUGCGAGGUGCCGUGCGCCAACGGCGGCACGUGCGCGCGCGCCUCCCCGCCCCCCGCCCCGCCCGCUCCCCCCGCCCCGCCCGCGCCCGCGCGCUGCGUGUGCGCGCCCGGCUGGGCCGGCGCCGCCUGCGACGUGCCCAUCGCCCCACCGGCGGUCUCCGUGGCGGUGGCGACUGUGGCGCCGGGCAGCUGCUCCUGCCUCCACGGCGGCACGUGCGUGUCGGUGGGCGGCGCGUGGGCGUGCGCGUGCCGCGCGGGCUGGGGCGGCGCGCACUGCGAACGCGCGGCGGACGGCUGCGCGUCCAGCCCGUGCCGCCACGGGCGCUGCGUGGGCGGCGCGGGCUGGUGGGCGUGCGAGUGCGCGCCGGGCUGGGCGGGGCCCGACUGCGCCGCGCCGGCCUGCGACCCGCCCUGCCCCGCGCCGGCCGUGUGCUCCGCCGCAGCGCCCGCCGGCCGCUGCGUCUGCCCGCCGCCGCCCGCUCGCCUCGCGCGGCGCUGUCUCGAACUGAUAGCCGGCCUGGGUGAAGAGAGUGGCGACAUCGCCGCCGCAUCGGACAGUGGUCUCGAAGGCUUCGAGGAUACGGCGGCGGCGGGCGCGGGGGGCGCGGGGGGCGCAGGGGGCGCGGGGGGCGCGGCGGGCGCGUGCGGCGACAACGGCACGUGGUGGUGGGGCUGCAACGCGUGCCGGUGCGCGGCCGGCGCGCCCGCCUGCACGCGCCUGUGGUGCGGCCUGGCCGACUGCCUCGCGCCCGGCGCGCUGCCGUGCCACGCGGACGAGGUGUGCGUGCCGGCAGCGCCGUCGCUGUGCCUGCGCGGGCCGUGCGCGCCGCUGGGCGAGUGCCGGCGCGUGGCGGGGCGGCGCGUGGAGCCGCCCGCGCUGCCCGCGCCGGCCGCGUGCUGGCCCGGCGCGCGCGCCGCCCCGCCGCCCGGCUGCGCGCGCGCCGAGCUGCGCCUGGCCCGCGAGCGGCUCGCGCGCGGCGCGCACGUGGAGCGCGCGUGCGCGGCGCUGCGGCGCGCGCUGGCCGCCGCGCUCGCCGACCGCGACCCGCCCGCGCCGCCGCUCACUCUGCUCUGUGAUCUCGCUCCCGACGACGACGACGCCCUCGACCUCGCCCUCUGGGCAGGUGAGGAAGAAAGCACCGGGCCGACGGGCGAGGAGGCCAGCGCGCUCGCGAGCGCCGUGCGGGCGCUGAGCGAGCUCGUGGCGCGGCGGCGCCUCGCGCAGCACGCGCUGCUGGGCGCCGCGCUGCGCCUGCGCGUGUCGCCCGGCGCCGAGCCGCCCGCCGCCGCGCCCGCCGCGCCGCCCGCCGCGCCCGCCGGCUCGGGCGCCGUGCUGGCGCUGGCCGCCACGCUGCCGCUGCUGCUGCUCGGCGGCGGCGCGGCGGCGGCCCUGCUGCUGCGCCGCCGCCGCGCCGCCGCCGCCGCCGAGCGCACGCGCCGCCGCGACGAGGAGAAGUCGAACAACCUGCAGAACGAGGAGAACCUGCGGCGCUACGCGAACCCGCUGCGCGAGGAGCGCGCGCGCGACGCCGACGAGCUGCCGCGCGCGCACUCGCUGUACAAGGCGCAGAACGCCGACGCGCGCAACAACACGCCGCCGCGCGACAAGGAGCUGACGAAGCGCGCGCUGCCGCCGCCCGAGCCGCCGCCCGCGCGCCACCCGCCGCCCGAGCGCCUCACCGUGCUGGUGUAG